GAUUUAAAAGAAAAUGGGAAGGAGGGUGGGAAGAGAACUUGCAAUGCUCUGGAUUUGGGACGUGGGGAAAGAUUGAAUAUCUGGUUUGGUUUAGUUUGGGUGUUUUUUUUUUAAAGCAAAUGUUUAUGACGCUUUAUGCGAAAAUUGUAUUUUUGUACAAUGAUGGAUGGAGAGUGGGGUUUUCCCGCCUGCCAUCUGAAGUGGGUAGAAACGAAUAUAAUCACACAGGCAAAACAAAAGGAUUUGAUUUUUUGAGUCUUGCCUCUGGUCUAAGAUAUUUUUUUAAUUUACUUUUUUUUUUUGGUUCCUUGUUAUUACUGAGAAGAUUUUUUUAAGAACACAGAAAAGGGAGAAUUUUUAAAAAAAUUCCUGAGACAGAAAUGACUAAAGUUAACGGUGAAGACGCAAGAUCGGGGAAUAGGAUGGAGCGCUUCCAGCAAGGGGUUCGGAAACGUACUCUUAUGGCAAAAAAGAAGGUUCAAAGCAUCACAAAGGAAAGUGUUAAAAGUUACCUACUGAGAAAUUUUUUUGUGCUUUUCACUGUCAUUGCAGUCAUUGUGGGUAUCAUCCUUGGCUUUUCUCUCCGAUCCUAUCACUUCAGCUACCGAGAAGUGAAAUAUUUUUCCUUCCCUGGAGAACUGUUAAUGAGAAUGCUGCAAAUGUUGGUUUUGCCUCUCAUUGUAUCCAGCUUAGUAACAGGUACUGGUGUAAAUUAUUUUCUAAUUUCUUUUUGUGUUUUACUACUGUCAUUCAAGUUUUAACAUUUCUCUUUGGGU